UUCAGUAUCCGAUUCUCUUGAAUUUCCACCCGAUUUCGUGCAAUCGAUCGUGGCUACAACGUUAUAGGAAGAGUGAAAAGAAAACGUAGAAUUUCAAUCCCAUGGGAAGCUGUGUUUCGUCGCCUAUAAAGGGUUCCUCCUUCGGGAAGCGACCUGUGAGGAAGAGCAGAAGCAGCAGCAGCAGGGCAUCCACCGUUCCAAACUACGAUUCCCCCUCGAAUCUCUCCCGAAGAUCGAUUUUCCGGCCUCCAAGCCGCGUCCUCCCCGAGCCAAUCGGGGACGGCAUCCUCCUCAAGUACGAGAUGGGCAAGGAGCUCGGCCGGGGUGAAUUCGGGAUCACACACGAAUGCAUAGAGAUCAGAACACGAGAGAGGUAUGCGUGUAAGAGGAUAUCGAAGGAGAAGCUAAGGACGGAGAUAGAUGUCGAGGACGUGAGGAGAGAGGUCGAGAUCAUGAUGAGAUUGCCGAAACAUCCGAACAUCGUUAGCUUCAAGGAGGCUUUCGAGGACAAAGACGCGAUUUAUCUUGUAAUGGAGCUCUGUGAAGGCGGAGAGCUCUUCGAUCGAAUCGUUUCCCGAGGGCAUUACACUGAACGGGCAGCUGCCUCUGUCGCCAGAACCAUUCUCAACAUCGUUAAGGUUUGCCAUGAAAAUGGAGUGAUUCAUCGGGACCUAAAACCCGAGAAUUUCCUUUUCACAGAUGCAUCGGAAUCCGCCCAACUCAAGGCUAUUGAUUUUGGGCUCUCCAUUUUCUUCAAACCCGGCCAGCGUUUCAAUGAGAUCGUCGGAAGCCCUUAUUACAUGGCUCCCGAGGUCUUGAGACGUAACUAUGGUCCCGAGGUCGAUGUCUGGAGCGCAGGUGUCAUACUUUACAUCUUGCUUUGUGGUGUUCCUCCCUUUUGGGCAGAAACCGAUGAAGGGAUCGCUCAUGCGAUAGUCAAAGGGAAGAUAGAUUUCGCGAGGGAUCCGUGGCCGAAGGUGUCUGAAGAAGCCAAGGAACUUGUCAGAAACAUGCUUGACCCAAAUCCUUACAGCAGACUCACGGUCCAAGAAGUGUUGGAACAUCCUUGGAUCCAGAACCCGGAAAAGGUUCCAAAUGUGAAUCUCGGAGAUAAUGUCAGGACCAAGAUCCAACAGUUCAUGUUGAUGAACAAGUUCAAGAAGAAAGUCCUCAGGAUCGUAGCGGACAAUUUACCAAAUGAGGAGAUAGCGGGGAUCAUAAAGGUGUUCAAGAUGAUGGAUACGGAUAAGAACGGGCACUUGUCAUUUGAAGAACUCAGAGACGGGCUAAGAAAGAUAGGACAAGGGGUUCCAGACAGCGAAGUGAAGAUGCUAAUAGAUGCGGCGGAUACAGAUGGGAAUGGGAUGCUGAGCUGCGAGGAGUUUGUGACUGUAUUAAUCCACAUGAAAAGAAUUGGAGGAGAUGACCAAUUGCUCCAAGCUUUCAGAUACUUUGACAAGAACAACAAUGGCUUCAUCGAGCUGAACGAACUUAAGGAAGCUCUCUUCGACAUCAAGCUUGGUCAUACCAAUGACCAGUGGAUCAAAGACAUCUUCUUCGACGUCGAUCUCAACAAGGACGGGCGGAUAAGCUUUGAGGAGUUCAAGGCGAUGAUGAAGUCGGGGACGGAUUGGAAGAUGGCGUCAAGGCAAUACUCGAGGGCUUUGCUCAACGCUCUGAGCAUCAAAAUGUUCAGAGAGGGCCGGGCGGAUUUAGGAAAUAACGGUCCGAAAUCUCAUUCCGUGGAAUUCCCUCUUGCCAGAAAGAAAGCUAAAGUACUCAAUGCUCCGAAGAACAAAUCCAUGGAACUUGUCGUGUCCAAAACCUACAAACCCUCAGGUCUCAGAAACUAAACUCCAGAAAGGUUAACUCUCUCCCUCUCUCUCAUGUAUUUCUUUGUUUCUGAUGCAUCAAAGUGCAGACACUUUGAUUCAUUGGCUGUUUUAUUUGUUGCAUUUGUUCAUCUUUGUUUCCCAUUUCAUGAUUAUCCUUUUGGGGGUUGAACAAAAUGCAAAAUGUGAAAACAAUAGAGAGAUUUCAUCCAUAUCAAAGUACGUAGUGUACAGUUUUUCUC